AUGGAUACCUCUGCUUCAAAGUACAUGGCCGAAUCGCCUGCUGGUCAGGGUCGGUUCGAGGCCGGGACCAUCACUUCAAGAGUGGUUACUUUGGGUGGCGUACUUACUUCGCUUUCUAUCGUUUUUGUUGCUUUAAGGGCAUUCACAAGGAUAUCUCUGACCAAGAAAGCUUUCGGUCUCGACGACUAUCUCAUCGGUAUCUCACUGGGGCUGACCAUAAUCUUCUUCGGCCUAUCGAUCAAGCUGUGUGAGCUCGGCGUGGGGGUUCACUUGUGGCAGGUCAAGCGCGCCGACUUUUCCCCUGGAUUUCUGCUGCAUAGCUUGAUCGCGGUCCUAAUCUACUCCCUUAGCGUCAUAACCGCGAAACUCUCCCUGCUUUUCCUCUAUCUGCGCCUUUCUCCAGAGCGGUGGUUCAGAAUCGUCACCAUGGUGUUCAUUGUCUUCACCACGACCUACGCGUUUAUCUACUUCUUCCUGCUCCUUUUCAGCUGCAGGCCAAUCCACGCGACUUGGGAUCUUUCAGCGCAAGCCGGGGCGACAUGCGUUAAUAAAGGCGCAAUCUUUCUGGCUCUCAGCGGUACCAACAUCGUCAUGGAUAUCGUUUGUCUGAUCCUCCCCCUCAGGAUCAUCAUCCCCCUUCAGAUGGCCAAGAGGCAGAAACUGUCUUUGAUCCUUCUAUUCGCCACAGGAGGACUUGUAUGUAUCUGUGCCAUCAGACGCACGACUAUCCUUCCGCUACUAUUGACAAGCAAGGAUUUUACCUUUGACCUCCAAAAACAACUGAAUUGGGCAUCAGUUGAAGUCAAUGCUGGUGUCAUGUGCGCCUCUGUUCCGGCUCUCAAGCCGUUCUUCGUGCGUUACCUACCCAUAUUUGUCACUUCUCACACAGGCAGCUCCAGUGGCAAGGGAUCAAACCCGAACAGCAAAGGCUACCAAGCCACAAACCCGUACACAAUAAGGGUCCUGGAUAUCAAGAAGCCCCGCACCGUCCAGUCGGAGGCCUACAGGCUACACUCACACGACGACAUCUCGUUUUCGUCAAAAGAAGUGCCGAGGAGUGACGCGGACGAGGACGUGGUGGGACCCUGGCCAAGCAGCGCGUUUCGCCGGGACUGCACGGGUCGCCGCAAGACCAUCAUCGAGUCGAACCAGCGGGAUGAGGAUCGCUGCAGCGUUCACAGUGAGGUGACGGUUCAAUCAGUGGCUGAGGGUAGCUCUCAUCAGACUCCAGCUCAGCGAGUGGCAAGCAUGUGCAUCAGGGUCACAACAGAAACAAAGGUCGAAUACGAACGAUCUUAG